AUGCGACGCGCGCUCGCGCGAGACCGGCGUCGCGCCGUCGGGUCGCGCGACUUCGCGCGCGACCUCGCGCGCGACCUCGCGCGCGAAUCGCGGCGCGCGCGAGGACGCGGCGCGCGCGCGCGCGCGUGGUGGACGUUCGUCGCGGCGUCGGCGUGCGCGUGGGCGCUGACGCGGCGCGCGCGCGAGCGCGACGACGCGCGCGCGAACGACGCGCCGAGCGAUGCGUUUUGCGCGCGCGCGCGCGAUCCCAUGGUGUGCGCGCACGGCGGAGAGGUGCUGGAGGGGGAGAUGGCCAACGCCAGGACGGCGCUGGAGCGCGCGGCGCGAGCGGGACACGCGUGCGUGGAGAUCGACGUGCAGCGCACGAACGAUGGCGCGCUGGUGGCGCUGCACGCGCGCGAUGUGAAGCGGUACACUCGAGGGGACAUCGGAGCGGUGGGAGAGGUGAGCCGGGCGGAGUUGGAGAUGUGGAACGAGGGCGACGCGGCGGCGCUCGAUUUCGCGGCGGCGCUCGAAGUCGCGCGACGCGCGAAAUUCAAACAAAUCACAGUGGAUUUCAAGGAAAACGCGCCGUUAGGGCGCGAAGGUCUGGCGCGGGAGACCGUGGAGGUGGUGCGGUCGAUGCGGUGCGACGAGUGCUUGAUGUGGGGGAAGGACGACGAGACGAUUCGAGAGGCGUUGCGGUUGGGCGCGCCGCGAGUGGGCUACGUCGUCGCGAAUUUCUCUCUCGAAAUGCGCGCGAAAGGGUACGAUAGAUUGACCCGAGGUCGCGUCAGAGGUGCGCACGCGGUCGCGAUACAAUCUGAGAUGGUGACGCGAGAUCUCGUGCGCCGCGCGAGGCGCGCAAAACUAGACGUGCACGUGUGGACGGUGAACGACGACGAAAGGAUGCGUCGUUUUCUCAACUACGGCGUCGAUGGCAUUCUCACCGACCGCCCGACGCGGCUGAAGGAAACAAUAGCCGACUUUCGCGCGCGCUGCGGAAGGGAACAGCUCUAG